GAAGUUCGUGCCAUAGUAACACACUCCCAGCUCUAGUGCGUACUCCUCCUCUGAUGAUGCAGUCCACCCUGGACAUGAAGCCGUUUAUCUUUCCUGUGGACGGAUCAUCGCCUGUGGGUUUCUUCGCCAAUUUCAGCACGAUGGAUCCCGUCCAGAAAGCCGUAAUCAACCACACGUUUGGGGUCUCCAUCCCUCCGAAGAAGAAGCAAGUGAUCUCGUGCAACAUCUGCCAGCUCCGCUUUAACUCAGACACCCAAGCCGAGGCACACUACAGAGGGAGUAAACAUGCCAAGAAGCUUAAAGCACAAGAGUCCACGAAAACUAAGCAGAAAGGCGGCGCUGGCUCAGACAACGGCACCAAGCUAGUCAGCACCGGUCCUUCCAAUGCCCCUGCUCCUGUUCCUGUUCCUGCUCCUGUUCCUGCUCCUGUUCCUGCUCCUGCUCCUGCUCCUGCUCCUGCUCCUGUUCCUGCCCCUGCUCCUGCCCCUGACUGUUCUGCGAUGCUCACUGACAGUUCUUCUGACCAAUCAGGUGAGAAAAGUGCAGAACCGCCCAGCGCUACAAAAGCCCCCGUCUCUCCACAGUUCCUGGUGCCUGUCUCUCCAUUAGCAUCGGGCCCCAGUAAGCCGAGUCCAGCACCCUCGAGCAUGCCGGUGGAGCACAAGACCAGUCCCAAAGCGAACCAGGCCGAACUGAGCGCAGAAUCAGAGGAGGAGAAAGCCAAGAAACUGCUCUACUGCUCUCUGUGUAAAGUGGCUGUCAACUCCCUGUCGCAGCUAGAAGCUCACAACACAGGCUCGAAGCACAAAACCAUGCUGGAGGCGAGAAACGGAGCUGGCCCUAUUAAAGCCUACCCUAGACCCGGCUCCAAACUCAAAAUGCAGGCCAACGUUCUGAAGGGUUCAGGAUUACAGAACAAAACGUUCCACUGUGAGAUCUGCGACGUCCACGUUAACUCGGAGAUUCAGCUCAAACAGCAUAUCUCCAGCAGAAGGCACAAAGACCGGGUGGCAGGAAAACCUCUGAAGCCCAAAUACAGCCCUUACAACAAGCAGCAGCGCAGCUCCAACUCCUUGGCAGCUAAGCUCGCUCUCCAGAAGGACCUUGUGAAACCUAUCUCUCCUGCCUUCAUCUCCACUCCGUUCUCCUCCACUACGAUUCCUUCCAUCUCGCUCCAUCCACGUCCCAACACCUCCAUCUUUCAGACACCGGCGCUGCCAGCCUCCUUCUUGCGAGGUGCUCCGGGGCCCAUCCGGCCCUCCAGCAGCUCCAUCCUGUUUACCCCGUACUGAGUAUUGAUGAGGACGUGAGGCUGAUCCUCUGAUCUCUGGGUUCUCAGGCAAAGAAUAUUCAUAGAGAUGUCACAGCCUGAGAGAAGUAGUUGUUUUACAAAAAAAAAUAAAAAAUCCAGAACUUAUUGAUGGUCCAAAAUCCUCAUGUGCUACUUGAGGAAGAGUGUUUGAAUUCCUGUAGAGGGAAAAAGAAAAUCCUCUUCCUCUUUACGGUCCAAGUUCUCAUGAGGUGCUCGAGGCGUGUUUGGAUUCCUGCGAAAGGAACAACGAAAAAAGAAUACCUGCUUCCUGAACGACUUGAAUGAUCGUGGUCUUCCUCUUCGAUGGAACAAACUCUUCUGGAUAUAUAUAUACAUAUAUACAGGGGGAAAAAAAGUUUAACAAUCGCGAACCUGUAGCAAUCAGAUGCUACGUGUUGCGUUCAGUGGCUCGGUGUGGUCAGGGAAUGUGUGCCGUCUUGUAUCGUGUAGUCGAUGAUGCUUCAUCACCUGUGCUGGACUUUUCCAUGUUUUGUUUUGUUUUUUUGAUGUUAUGUAGUUUCUUUAUCGAGCCUCUGAAGGAAAUUUCAUCGUUGACUUGUUGGGUUGCAGUCUUUACACUUCACUCUUUUGCUCUAGAAAUCUCAUUUUCAUUUGAAUAAAACACUGAGCGCAAGGCUAAUUCUUUAAUUACAGAAUCCUCCAGAUCACAGAAACACACUUAUGACACACACUUAUCACUGAUUUCCACAUUUCCUUUAUUUCUAUUCGUAAAAUGGAUUUUUGAUUGUUAGUAUCAGACUUGUUUUAAUUAUUUAGGCUUCCUUUCUUUGAAAGAAAUACAGGAUUUUUAUCUCUUAUUUUCUUACACACACACACACACACACACACACACACACACACACACACACACACACACACACACACACACACACAAACGAAUCUGUAACACCAGAGCGGAUGCUGAGUGUCAUUUUUCAUUUAUUAAAAAUAUCACAGGAAAUAAACUGACCAAUCAUG